AUGACAUUGCUGCAAUUCUCUUUCCAAUUGAACUUUGGAUCAGAUACACCUACAUCUCGAUACCACGAAUUGGUUGAACGCGGACUCUUGAACAAGGAUCACCAUCAGCUUGAAAUCGUAGCGAAGCUGGAGGCCCUGCACGAUCGUCUCACCACAUACAACCCGCCACUGCUCCCGGACGCUCCAUCCUCCUCGUCAUCAUCACUGCUCGGGCGCUUCUUCUUUAGUAAUCAACAGCCCCCAAUUGCCACCAUUGAUCCUCAAGAUGUUCCCCAAGGACUCUACCUCUACGGCGAUGUCGGCACGGGCAAGUCGAUGCUCAUGGAUCUGUUCUACGACACGCUGCCUCCUAAUAUCACACGAAAGCGGCGCAUACACUUUCACGCGUUCAUGAUUGACGUGCAUAAGCGGAUACAGGCGGUCAAGAAUAAGCUAGGGGCAGUGGCAGAUCCCAUUCCCCCUGUGGCAAGGGAUCUGGCGAAUGAGGCGAUUGUGUUGUGCUUUGACGAGUUUCAGGUGACCGAUAUUGCGGAUGCUAUGAUCUUGCGACGGUUGAUGGAGUCAUUGCUCGAUUUCGGUGUUGUCUUUGUCAUGACUUCCAAUCGACAUCCCGACGAUCUGUACAAGAAUGGAAUACAACGAGAGAGCUUUGUUCCCUGUAUAAAUAUUAUCAAAGAGAGGCUAGACGUGACAGAUCUCAAUUCGGGAACCGAUUAUCGGCGGAUGCUCAAAGCCAUGUCCAAAGUGUACUAUUCACCGGUGAAUGACGAGACACGGCGUGAAAUGGAAAAACUAUUCGAUGCCAUCUCAGAAGACGAGCCAGUCAUAUACGGCCGAAAACUGUCGGUAUGGGGCAGAGAUGUCUUAGUACCCGAGAGCACGGACAAAGUUGCACGAUUCAGUUUCGCCGAUCUUUGUGGUGGUCCACGCAGUGCCGUGGAUUACUUGGAGAUUACGAAGAACUUUCCGACGAUAUUUGUCACAGAUAUACCCAAAAUGACCUUGAGCCAGAAGGAUAUGGCACGUCGUUUUAUUACGUUCAUCGAUGCCUGUUACGAAAGCAAAACCAAACUUUUCGCUUCCUCAGAAGUCCCCAUCUUCAAGGUGUUCUCCGAGGAGGGCCAAUCAGACAGGAAAGAAAUCAGCGACCACAUGCGACACAUGAUGGAUAAUCUUGGGCUCGACGCGUCCAUGAUGGGAACCACUGCGCUGUUCACGGGUGAUGAGGAGCUCUUCGCGUUCGCACGAGCUGUAUCACGACUGACACAGAUGGGUACUAGAGCAUGGGCCGAGACGGCCGGGCAGCCAGACUAGCCAUAGAAUUCACAUCAAUUGGAUGGAUCAUGUUGUAGACUACUGUUCUUGCUGGAUACCCAAC